GAUAUGUCCACUCUGGCUUCCCAGAGUGGUCUACGGCCUGUUCUGAUGAUGACAUUCUUACUGGGCUUAUCCUUCAUGUACUACAAACCCCAGAUCAAGUUCCUCUCAUGCCCUAUCGACCAGGCAUCCCACUUGGGAAAGGCUUGCUGUCCUCCUUGCCAUCAAGUACGUAGGGCAAGGAACCAGAUGGUGAAUCAAACACACCAUGCCCAGACAACCAUUCAGGAUGACUAUCAUUUUGAUCUGGCCACUUGAUCACACCUUUGACAUAGCCUUUGAUGUUAAAGUAGGCACAAGAGUCUGUCACCUAACAGUGGAUAAAAAAACCUUUACAGCAAGGUGCACGGUGUCAUAUUCCACCAUAGAGACAUCCAUGGAGACCUGAAAAACAUGCCCCGAGAGCAACGUCCAUGGUUCCAGAAAUGGGUGUGGUGGAAUGCAGAAUCACCGGCUAACACAAACAGGAUCCCUGGUGUUGACCACUUGUUCAAUUUGACUGCCAGUUAUCGACUGGAUUCUGAUAUCAAGGUUCCAUAUGGGUCGCUUGUCGAGGUAACCAGUGAGGAUAACAUCUUUGAGAUGCCCAAGAAGGACAAAUUAGUCUGCUGGGUAGUGAGCAACUGGAACCCAAACUACAAGAGGGUACAGGUGUUCAACGAGCUCAGUAGGCAUGUCAAAGUAGAGGCCUUUGGGAGACAUUUUAGUAGAUACCUAGAAAACGAAGUCUACUCAAAGACGCUAUCCAGCUGUAAAUUCUACCUGGCAUUUGAAAACUCCAUCUACAAAGACUAUGCUACAGAGAAGCUGUUCAACGCUAUGAAGUUGGGAGCAGUGCCUGUUGUUCUAGGUCCAUCCAGGGACAACUACGAGCAAUUUAUCCCAAGGGACUCUUUCAUCCAUGUGGAUGAUUUCUCCUCUACAGAGGAGCUGGCAAAGAAGCUUCUCUUUCACGACCAGAACAAGGAAGAAUAUAUGCGGUACUUCACCUGGCGAAAGAACUUUGAAGUUCAACAAGGGUAUUUUGGACUUGAGCACACCUGUCGCUCGUGAUUACAUUCGAAGAAAUAAAGGAUACAAAACUUUUCAUAGCCCCAAAUCCAUUUAUUUAGAUUAAGUGACCCAUUUGUCGUGGUCGACAAUGUGGCUGUGUGCUGUGUGGCUGUGUGGCUGUGAGUAUUGUAUGCUGGACGAAAAGGGGUGGAAUGGUUUAGGGUCGUUCCACCAAUUUGGUACUUUCUUGAGAAGUGUAACUUGGUAAAAAAAUAAUAAUAAUACUCAGUUUUUCACCACAAAACACUAGUACAUUUCCAAGAAGAGUAGAAUCAGUUCACCUGCUUUUACACUGAUUUGACUGUUAAUGUUCAAAGCUUCUUUUUUUUUAAAGAAAAAUAUUUGAUAAGGAAUGGUUUUUCACCAUAUGAAAAUGAGAGUUCAGUUCACAUUAUAAGGUAGAGGUUUAAAAUUAGAGAACUGAAUCACAAAUGUAACUUCAGAAAUGACUGUCAAUGCAACAAAAUGACUAAUGCUUUGAAAAUGAUGGGGAAAACUUGGAGAAAUGUUGGGGUUAAGCGGGUUCAAAUCUUUCUAGAAAUCAGAGAGUGCACGGAGGGAUAUUUUAGCACGAUAAAUCUUUAUUCAUAUAAAAAAAUCUGUUAUUGAAUUCUGUGGUCUAUAUUAAAUGGACACUUCAUUUAAUAUUACAGGGUCUUAAAAUUCAAUGCAACAGCCACUCUUUCUGGGAUGCACACAAAAGGGGAGCAUAGCUUCAACCUGGUCAGUCCAUGUCAUGGAAAGAGCAGAUUCCUACUGUUUUGUAUACACACUGUGAUAUAGGUGAACAAAUGCUCGACCUGCAGAUGAGUAUGAGGGGGGAGUUUCUGUAGAAAAGCCAACGAUAAAGGCUUGCACUCCUUUUUGUAUUCGUGUUGGCUGUUGCUGGUAGGUGCACUUGAUUCAGAAGCCCUGUGGACCGGGUAAGCAAAGUGUUCCCAUUGUGAACCAUUUGUCUGAAAACAAACUCCCCCUACCUGGCGGACCGGAAGAUCUGUGGCUAAAUCGAGUGUGGCUACUGUGCUGGCCAAUCGGAUAGCUCAAAUCAUAGUACCUACAACGCUUCCACAGCAGUUUGAUACAAUAGGAAUUAAGGACUUUUAAAACCAUGACCCCAGAGAGACUGUCAAAGAAUACAGCAAAUACCUGCUGUUUUUAUGAGUUAGUUCAUGUUUAAGUUUUUAUGCCGCACUGUCAACACUGUUUGUAUUCAACACUAUUACAAAACACAAAAUGCGGUUCUCCCUACUUCCACUUGACUGCAGCUGAAAUGAAUGAGUAGCCAAGUGUUUUGAUAGCCCUGAAUUUGCAUUACGAUUAGCAGGUCGUCGUGUCAACUUUAAUAUCGAUGAAUAUUUCAUGUUCUCUGGUCAUAGGAACAGCAUGAAUGUGUGCAUAACAGAUGAGGCAUCAUAGGCAGAUAAGGUGCGACUCGACUUUCGCCAUCAGGCGGAAGACGGUGUCCCCUCUCUGGUCAGUCUCACCCUUUUGUACUUUAACUAUUUGCACAUCUUUACAAUACUGUAUGACAUAAUAUGAGAUUUGAAAUGUCUUUAUUCUUUUGGAACUUUGUGAGUAUAAUGUUUACUGUACAUUUAGUUUAUUUCACUUGUUUAUCUACUUCACUUGCAAUGUUAACAUAUGUUUAUCAUUCCAAUAAAGCACUUUAAUUGAA